AGAGAGAGAGAGAGAGAGAUCAAAAAGAAAAAAAAACGUUUAGUACGAACGUACUUAGGUACAACAAUAUUAGUUAUUAUUGUUGUUGUUAUUAUAAAUAUUAUUCAUGGCAUCUUUGUCAAGCCAGCCAUCUAAAAAGUCAUUACGUAAUAGUCCAGGGGGGAGUUCUGGCUCCCAGGGAGGUGCCCGCAAUUCAAGUGGGCAAACUGUGAAAUUUGCCAGACGAACUUCAAGUGGACGAUAUGUUAGCCUUUCUAGAGAAGACCUUGACAUGUCUGGAGAGUUAUCCGGAGAUUAUAUGAACUACACUGUCCAUAUUCCUCCGACGCCUGACAAUCAACCUAUGGACAACUCCUCUGUGGCUGCAAAGGCUGAAGAGCAAUAUGUUUCUAAUUCUCUAUUCACCGGCGGAUUUAACAGUGUCACCCGUGCCCAUCUCAUGGACAAGGUCAUUGAGUCUGAGGUCAGUCACCCUCAAAUGGCAGGCUCCAAGGGCUCUGCAUGUUCCAUGCCUGCUUGCGAUGGCAAGGUCAUCAAGGACGAAAGAGGAGUUGACAUUUCCCCUUGUGAUUGCAGGUUCAAAAUUUGUAGAGAUUGCUAUCUUGAUGCCCAGAAAGAAACAGGUCUUUGUCCAGGGUGCAAGGAGCCAUACAAGGUUGGAGAUUAUGAUGACGAUGUGCCUGAUUUUUCUAGCGGAGCAUUGUCAUUGCCAGCCCCAGAUGAUUCCAAAGUAGACCAUCGUAAUAAUAUGUCUAUGAUGAAGAGGAACCAAACUGGAGAAUUCGAUCAUAACAAGUGGUUAUUCGAGACAAAGGGUACUUAUGGCUAUGGCAAUGCUUAUUGGCCUCAAGAUGACAUGUACGGAGAUGAUGGAAAUGAAGGAUUAAGAGGGGGCAUGAUGGAAUCAAAUGAUAAACCUUGGAAGCCACUAAGUCGAAGAUUGCCCAUCCCACAAGCCAUUAUAAGCCCUUAUAGGUUGUUGAUUGCGAUACGGUUUGUGGUGUUGGGCUUCUUUUUGGCGUGGAGAAUAAAACAUCCAAAUCCGGAAGCUCUAUGGUUGUGGCUUAUGUCAGUAAUAUGUGAGGUGUGGUUUGGAUUCUCCUGGAUCCUUGAUCAAAUCCCAAAGCUCUGCCCAAUCAACCGCUCCACCGACCUUGAGGUCCUGCGCGAGAAAUUUGAUAUGCCAUCACCAUCCAAUCCUACUGGUCGCUCUGACCUUCCUGGGGUUGACAUGUUUGUGUCCACCGCUGAUCCAGACAAAGAGCCUCCACUAGUUACCGCCAACACAAUCUUAUCAAUCUUGGCUGUUGAUUACCCUGUGGAGAAGUUGGCUUGCUAUGUUUCUGAUGAUGGAGGUGCACUAUUUAACUUUGAGGCAAUGGCUGAGGCUGCAAGUUUUGCUGAUUUAUGGGUUCCAUUCUGUAAAAAACAUGACAUCGAGCCUAGGAAUCCAGAGACCUACUUCAGCUUGAAGGGAGACCCAACCAAGAACAAGUUGAGGUCAGAUUUUGUCAAGGACAGGAGAAGGGUAAAGAGGGAGUACGAUGAGUUCAAGGUGAGGAUAAAUGGGCUCCCCGACUCAAUCAGAAGAAGAUCAGAUGCAUUCAACGCAAGGGAAGAGAUGAAGAUGUUGAAGCACAUGAGGGAGAGUGGGGGAGACCCUACGGAGCCAAUCAAGGUUCAAAAGGCCACUUGGAUGGCUGAUGGCACCCAUUGGCCUGGAACUUGGGCGGUCCCUGCAAAAGAGCAUUCCAAAGGUGAUCAUGCUGGAAUUCUUCAAGUAAUGCUGAAGCCCCCAAGCAUUGACCCGCUAAUGGGAAGGGCAGACGAUGAUAAGAUUUUAGACUUCACGGACGUGGACAUACGACUUCCUAUGUUUGUUUACAUGUCGAGGGAGAAGCGACAAGGAUACGAUCACAACAAAAAAGCCGGUGCCAUGAACGCCUUGGUGCGAGCUUCAGCCAUAUUGUCCAAUGGCCCUUUCAUGCUCAACCUCGACUGUGAUCACUACAUCUAUAACUGUAAAGCUGUUCGGGAAGGGAUGUGUUUCAUGAUGGAUAGAGGUGGAGAAGAUAUCUGCUACAUUCAGUUCCCUCAGAGAUUUGAAGGCAUUGAUCCUUCUGAUCGAUAUGCCAACCACAAUACUGUAUUUUUUGACGGCAACAUGCGAGCACUUGAUGGCGUGCAGGGACCUGUUUAUGUUGGAACGGGGACCAUGUUUAGGCGGUUUGCAUUGUAUGGGUUUGAUCCUCCACAGCCUGAUAAGUUGUCUCAUAAGACCGCAAACUCUGAGACCCAAACCUUGACGGCCACCGAUUUUGAUCCUGAACUGGAUGUGAAUCUAUUGCCCAAACGGUUUGGAAAUUCCACAAUGCUGGCUGAAUCCAUACUAGUGUCUGAAUUCCAAGGUCGUCCACUAGCAGAUCAUCCUGCAAUCAAGUUUGGACGACCUCCCGGUGCUCUGAGGGUCCCUCGUGAACCACUCGAUGCUGCUACAGUUGCUGAAGCAGUCUCUGUAAUUUCUUGUUGGUAUGAGGACAAGACAGAGUGGGGAGACCGCGUGGGUUGGAUCUAUGGUUCAGUUACAGAAGACGUGGUAACAGGUUACCGCAUGCACAACCGCGGGUGGAGAUCUGUGUACUGCAUCACCAAGCGAGACGCCUUUCGAGGAUCAGCUCCGAUCAACCUGACUGAUAGACUCCAUCAAGUCCUCCGGUGGGCCACAGGAUCGGUGGAGAUUUUCUUCUCCAGAAACAAUGCCUUCCUUGCGUCCAGGCGGCUCAAGCUACUCCAGCGCAUGGCUUAUCUCAACGUAGGCAUCUACCCCUUCACCUCGUUGGUCCUUGUUGUCUACUGCUUCCUUCCAGCACUUUCCCUUCUCUCUGGACACUUCAUCGUCCAAACUCUAGAUGUCGCAUUUCUGAUCUAUCUGCUGCUCAUCACAAUUUGCCUCAUUGGGCUAGCUAUUUUGGAAGUGAAAUGGUCUGGGGUUGGGUUAGAACAAUGGUGGAGGAAUGAACAGUUUUGGCUCAUCUCUGGAACAAGCGCUCACCUCGCUGCUGUGGUACAAGGCUUGCUCAAGGUUAUGGCAGGUAUUGAAAUAUCCUUCACAUUGACUACCAAGUCCUCGGGAGAUGAAAACGAGGAUAUGUACGCAGAUCUGUACCUUGUCAAGUGGACAUCAUUGAUGAUUCCUCCAAUCGUGAUCGCUAUGGUUAACAUGAUUGCCAUUGUUGUUGCCUUCUCCAGAACGAUUUACCAAACCGUCCCUCAGUGGAGUAAGUUCAUCGGGGGUGCCUUCUUUAGUUCUUGGGUGUUGGUUCAUUUGUAUCCUUUUGCCAAGGGUUUGAUGGGGAGGAGAGGAAAGACCCCCACCAUUGUGUUCGUAUGGUCGGGUCUCAUUGCAAUUACGCUUUCAUUGCUCUGGGUUGCCAUUAACCCGCCACAGAAUACCGCAACACAAGUUGCAGGAGCAACCGGAGGAGGGACUUUUCAAUUCCCAUGAAAAUACUAUAACUUCUUUUUUAUAAGUCCAGAGACCCAGAAGAAUACAACAUAAUAGGAA